AUGUACCCUCACUCGUUCUUGGGCCUUUUGACUUCGUGCCUUUCACUCUGCUCUGUCGCCCAUGCAGUCCCAACCGAACGACGCCAGGCCAACGACACCUCUGCCGACUUUCAGACCUACUUCAACUUAGAUGGCGCAGCGCAUGGCGAUAAGGUCAAGACUCUCAUCGCCGAUGGCUACCGCAUGAUAUCAUUGAGCAACUAUGGCACAGCGCCGGACGCACAGUAUGCCGCCGUCUGGAUUCGGCGGGACGGAAAUCCUUUCGAAACAAUCUACGGUGCAGACGAGGCCACUUAUGACGACUGGUUCGACUCGUGGAAGUCCAAGGGCUAUGUACCGACACACAUCUCUGUCACGGGACCGGCUGGCAGCGCCAUCUACGCAGGGGUCAUGGAGAAGGCCAACGUCACCAACUGGACACAACUUUGCGGUCUCAACAACCCCUAUGAGUUUGACAACGCGACGAAUGGUAUCGACAUGGUUGUGAAGGGCUUCAGCAUGUACGGUACCCCCUCAGACCGCCGCUACUGCGUUCUGGGCCAUGAGAACGUCGGAAAUCAGAUGUCUACUAUCUUUUAUUCAUCCGGCAACUACACUGUCGACUAUCCGAAGAUCUAUGAGUCAGAAACAGCGAAGCGCUUCUGGAGACCAUCUCGCCUCUUUCUCUCAGACGACCACGUCGUCACCCCCCAGUUCGUGGACACCUCUGUUGGGAAGUGGGUAGCUUUGAACGAUCUCACGGCCGAAGAGCUGUCCUCUCAGAUUGAAUUGCAGAAGCAGCAGGGCCUUCACCCAAUCGACGUUCACGGGGGUGCUUCCAGACAGGACGUUCGCUUUGCCGUCAUUUUCGCUGAGAAAGACGUUCCCGAGGCCCGGAAAUGGACCGCCACCGGCUCCUUCAAGGGAUUCAAGGAUAACGCAGGUGCCACAACGGCUUUUGAUGCCGCAAUGCAGACCUGGAUGAAGAAGAACGGUGUACGCCAGGCGCAACUCGCCAUUGCGUCCAACGGCUCAACCAUUGCCGAGCGCGGGUACACCUGGGCGGAAAACGACCGUCCCGUCGUCGAGACGAGCGACGUCUUCCUCCUCGCAAGCGUGAGCAAAAUCUUUGUCCACGCGGCUAUCUUCAACCUCAUCGAGGCCGGGAAGCUCAACUACUCCACGGCCGCGUACCAAUUACUCGGAUACGACGAGCCCGCGGACGCCCGCGCAAAGGACAUCACCAUCGAUCACCUCCUCUCACACACGUCCGGGUACAAUCGCGAUCGUUCCGGCGACCCGAGUUUCAUGUUUCGCGAGAUCGCCAUUACCCUGUUCAACGGCACCCGUGCCGCGACGCUACGGGACGUCAUCGAAUACCAGGUCGCCCGCCCCCUCGACUUCGCCCCCGGCACGGACUAUGCCUACUCCAACUACGGGACCAUGCUCUUGAGCUACAUCGUCAGCAACAUCACGGCAACGCCCUACCUCGAUUUCUUGAGAGACAAGAUCCUCGGCGAUCUAGACGUACGUCUGUAUGAGACGGCAGCAGAGAAGCACUCUGGGGACCGCAUCAUUCAGGAGAGCAAGUACACGGGUUACGAUCCGCGGGAACCACAGUCGUACCGUCUCGUACCGGGCCCGUAUGGGGGCGACGGAGCUAUCAAGGAGGAGUGCGCGGGUGCGUUCUCGCUUGCGGCGAGUGCGGGCACUGUGGCGAGGUUCAUCGGCUCACACGCCGUCAGUGGCACCGGCGGCCGGGCGCCGUUUGCGGAGCGGGACGGGACGGUGGUUGGGGCGCGGACCUUUGCGUCGAGUAGGCCUGAUGUUGACUGGGCUCUGACGAUUAACACCCGAGAGUACAUCUCUGAGGUGGAGUUUGAUGACUUGAGGUAUUGGAAACUACCUUUUGUGUUUGAGGACUUUGCCGUGGCGUAG